AUGGAUCUGGUUCCUUUUAUGAAGGAUGAUGAUAAAGAAAAUAAUAGUUUUACUGAAUCAUCAUUUGAUUGCCCAAUAUGUCUAAAUAUACUUCUCAGACCUGUAACUUUAGUUUGUGGACACAAUUUUUGUGAGUAGUGUAUUAAGAAUGAGUAUUUCUCAAAUCUUAAAUAAUAAUGUCCUGUGUGCAGAAAAUUCAUUUUAGUUAGUUUAAGAAUUAUUAAAGUAAAUUUAGUCUUAGACUUAUUUAUAAGGGAAUAUCACAAAUUCAACAAAGAAUAUUAGCAUAGACGAAACACUUAUUAUGAAUAUCUUAAAUAGAAGAAACAAAACAAAUUCUACAAAUUUCUUCAUAAACUAGGCAAAAAGCUUAUAAUCAUAGUUACAUAUAUCAGAAAAUGUAUACCUUUUAUCACUCUAGGUUUUGCUAUAUUUUUGCUCUAUCUUAUUAAAUACCAACUUGGAAAGAUAAAUAUAAGAAAGAUAGAAGCAACAUACACUCAACAACUUAAUAAAAUCUUUAGUUUGAUUAAAAGCACAAAUAAUUUAACAAAAGAAUUAAAACCAUAACCAAACACAGAACUCAAGAUUGAUACUCCUCCUGUUGAUGGAAAUAGUAAAAGUACUGGAAAUGCAAUAGACUUCUAAAACUUAAUAUUUUCUAAAUUAAUAAAAUACUUAUUUACUAACUACAUAAGACUUUCAUUGCCAAUCGGAGUAUCAUGA